UCUCCCCUCUCCCCUCUCCAAUCAGGUCCUCUCCUUGCAAGGCUUGGUCUGUCAGUCUGUCUUCUUCAUCCCACUCUUCUCUGCCUUGGUCUGAUUUUCUUAUGCUUCAUGUCUUUUCUUGCUUUCCCCCAUUUCUUCCAAUUUCUGUCUUAUUGUCUAUCUGAGAACAGUUCCUUGCUGCUAUUUCUGUUUUCAUGCACGUGAAAUGGCUUGCCUGGAUCCGUAUGUUCUCUCCUUCCUAUUGUGAGCAACCCCAUGGAGAUACCCCUUAUUUAGUCUUUUAAUUUCCAUGUUAUUUUCUAGUCCGUCAGAGGCAAUCUUCGUAUCUCAGAUCUUGUUUGUGCGUUCCCAGUCCAUGGAGCAAAUUGAGCCCUUUUGCAAGGGAAGGAAAUGUGCCAGUAUUACCAUUUUCCACCAAGCCAUGGAGCUGGAAGUGUACUCUUCUGCACAAAGCCAUGAAUCCGAUUUGUAGUUUCAUCAAAACCCGUGUGGCUGAAGGGCGAGGUGACAUUGUUCUACUCGCCAAACCUGUAACUUUAACAGAGGGUGACAGGGUGACCUUGACGACAGAUGUUCCUGUGGCAACAGAUGGCACUAGCAAACCCGAGAAGCUGCUGUAUGCCGUCUCCCUGCCACCUGUGCAUGGUCAGAUUGAGCACAUCAAUUAUCCCGGCGUGCCCAUUUCCAGUUACAGCCAGUUGGAUGUGGUGGCCCAGAAGGUCUCCGACGUCCAUGACAAUAGCCAUGGGGCUGGAGCUCAAACGUUAAUGCAUGUUUUAACCACAGACUCCUCCAAAUUCUCUCCUCUGCAUACUGACAUCUCCUGUCUGCUUGGAUUCAACUUCAUCUACCUGUGGUGAACCUCUCAGGAUAUCUUGACUUAGCACUGGAACCUCAUCCUGGUAUUGGCAUGAUCACAUAUGGUAAAAAAUAGAGAUAUUUGUUUUCUGUGCCUUGCCAGCGCUGAGACCACUUAGCCUCAGUUGUAUAUAAAUAUUGAAAGAGCUGGAGAUGUGUCUUUGUUGAUUUGAUGCCCCAGGGUGAAGAUACAGGCUCAGACUUUGGUCUGGACACAUUGUUUCUUGCAGGUGAGAUGGCAGUACCCAAUGUAAGUGAUUUUGUAUAAAUACAGAGAGACCUGGAAGGAUGAGACUGGAUCAUCUUCAUCUCCAUAGAUGGGAUAAGACCUCAGGCUGAUAGCAGCAGAGCCAUUUCAGCUGUGGGUCUGGUGUGAGUUCAAUAUAUGCUAGAGUAAACCAUAGGUCACAGAAAAACAAACAUUCAGCUUCCCAGUAGUCCAACUAUCUUAAUCUGACAUCAGAGGGUUGUUCAAAGGAGCAAAGAAACACUCCGUUGCUGUAUUACACCAGGACUGUUUAGUUCUAGGUGUUCGUGACUCUUCCUCCAAACCAUGGUGCUAAAAUAAGGAUUGUUGGUGGCUUCUGUUGGCUGCUUGUCUCUUAUAAAUUUUGGAGUAACCACUGCAGAAAUGUGAUCAUGACCUGUGUUACCAGUGCCCUCAAAAUCAUCAGGAAGGCUGAACAUGUGGUCAAGAGUCUCAUAUACCAGAAAUUACUUGAGAUCCCUGGCCAGGGGUUGCCUUUAUGUAAACACAAAAUCUGUAAGGUUUUGGCUCUUCUUUAUUUUUAGUAGAAUUUAGUUUUUGUUCUUUAUCUUCCAGGUGUGCUACAUCUCUGGCUUCCCUGAAAUCAGACUGUGCAUCAUCCUGCAGGAGGAGAGCUCUGUCUUUUAGAAAGCACAUAAUUUGAAACUGGGUAGCUCUCUCCGAUCCACUGGGAUAGAGAGAACCUACUGGCAAUGGGGUCCCACUACUGUCCCCAAAUGUUCAUAACCCUCGAGGUACAUAUGCAAGCCCUUCAUCUCACCCAGCAAAGGAAACCCUGUGCCUUUAAAUGCCCUCCCCAUGGCGGGUGCACACUUUUCUGCUUACUCUGAACUGACAGGUUUAACAUGUCGUUUGCCUGGUCACCGGAGAGAGGCACCUCUGGCAAAAGUUCAGAAGUCAGUGUUUUGGAAAGAUUGGUUUGACCAGCUCUCAAGCGAGAGCAAAUCCCAGACCAAGGCAGUCAGAUCUUCAACGACAUUUAACUGCUGUGGUGCUGCAGCUCGCUGACAUCCUUUUAACCUGGAGAGGAGCGUUCAGCGCACUUAAACCUUCAAGCUUUAUUUAUUGCUUCUUUUCUGCUCUCUUGGCUGGGGAACUUGGGGUGAAGACAUGAAGGAUGCUUUUACUUAAUUCUAGUUAAUUAAUUAACUUGCAUAUGGUUUUGGCCCGAGAGUAGGGGACAAACAGAGAUUUUUGAUCUUGCCUUGGUAUCUAGACUUCUGUAAUGUAUAGCGUUGCAGUAAGGAUAUACAUUUCCUUAUUAGCCUCUUCAGGGCUUGGUAUUGAAGGGCUCUUCAGAUUUACUGCCUUGUAAAAUUUCCACUUCACAAACUUUAUCUCAUCCCUUGGUAUUUACAUUGAAGGGUAACAGUUUUGUAAAAAACAAACAAACAAACAAGAGCAUACAAACAGUUAACAGCAAGUGGUGCCCAAAUUACAUAUUUCUUAAACUCAUGGCCUACUUUACUAAUCAGUUGUCAUAAGAUGUCAGAUGGGGACCCAUCACUGAAGAAUUGCAGAAUGCAGCCAGUGAAGCAGCUAAUUAGUUGGGCAGUGGCAUGGAGGUGUGUGUCCCCAAGGAGCUGAAAUGAUCAGAGCAGGUGAAGAAAGUUUGGACAGAUCGGUAUCUCUGUAGUAUAAAACCCAACACUUGACUGAAUUCACAGGGCUGUCGAGGGUGAGGGCACCACAGGUCCUCGCCAGGGACCAAGCACAGAGGGGAAGUGCAGUGCUGCUGCUUCCAGAAAGGCGAGUCAGCUGAAUGCUUGGAGGAGCAUGACCUGAGAUGUGCAGGGAUUAGAAUAGUUGAGCAGUUUCUGGUUUCGUCUGGGAGAGAUGUAGCUGCCUGACUUACUCUCCAAUGGAUUGUAACUCAUUCCUGAAGCCUUUGCUUCCCAACCACUGCAAGAUGGAAUUGGUUAUUCCCUGUAGGCACCAAACAUGCUUCAUCACAGGUGAGUGAUGGUCACUGAGCCCACAGAGCAGAGAGUCCAUUGGCUCCUUCUGCAGCUGUGGGCAAAAGGCCUCAGGAACAAAUGUUGAGCCUCUGUUGUGAGCUAAACAUGUAAAAGACUAAAGCUUAUAAACCAUAGAUGUCCCAUACACUCCGUUACAAUCUGUCUUAGGAGUGCUGCAUGACUUUCUUUCCUCUUCCCAUCAUCCCACAACUAUACAGGUGCUCUCCUGCUGCACUCACGGAGUUCUGUCUCCCUGUACAAACUCCAUGGGUGCAGUAGUGAAACAAAUUCCCUCCAAAACUCCGCCAAAGGGUGAGCCCCACCACACUGCAGGACCUGAGAGAAGGUCAGCGCGGGACACCAGGAACCCCUUUACAUCGGCAAGUCACUCACUUUCUUAGCAAAAAUGAGGACCUCAGCUUCAGCCUCUUCUCUUUGGGUGUGCUCCAAACCAGGUAUUUGACUUGGGAUCUUUAGUGCAACAUAUCCCAGGAGGAAAUGUUCUUUUUGAUGCUUUGAUUUUCAAAAUGUUAUUGCACACUGUGGAAGCAGUCACACGAUAGGAUUAGAAUUGUUGUAUGAAGUAUCAAUAAGAAAUAUUUAGCUGUAUUAUUGUACAGAUUAAGGACGGCCAUGUCACAGGAAUUAUCAGGAGAUGCGUUCCCAGACCUGGAGGUCACUUUUGAAGCCUUACUUGUGUAACUGCUUGAUACAGUGCAGUGGGCAAUUUCUACCAAAUGAGACAAUCCAACGUUCAGAGUGGAUCCACAGUUUCAGGACUGACACCACCCAAGAACAGGAAGCUGAUGGAGGACAAUAUGAUCAUGUGGCCAGGCUGUCAGAUGGGCUUGGAAGAUGCCUUGUCAGGUAGUGUGCACCACGUACCCUGGCAGAACCACACUCAGCAAACCCACACAAAUGCUGUCUGGAGGUGUAAAUGUAAAGAGGCAUCAGUUCUUUCCAUCCCCUAGAAUUCAGGCAAGGUACUUGCUCAAAGGACAGAUUCUUGUUUCCAAAAAAGCUGCUUUGACCUUUGAGCUGCCAAAUUCCUUCCCCUAUUACCCCCCAUCUUUCUUCUAGUGUAGCACAGCUACUCUGAGUCAUUGUUUAUCUAAUUUAAUUAACAUUUGCUAAUGCCUGCAACCUAAAACACUGUCUUAAAACAUUUGCGUGAAAAGCUUCCUUGUCCCAGAGCUGUCAUUUUUAACAUGAUGGAUAAUGGAUAGAAAUAAUUAUCCUGAACAAGGUUAGACAGCUUAAAUGAUUUGAGUUUCAAGGAAUCAGUAAGCUUAGCUAAACAUCUUAUUUUUCAAGACACAUUAAUAAUAAAAACACGGUGAUGUCCCUAACGGAUUGUAAAAUCUGUAUUCUGCUAAAAUGUAUGUGAUCUCUCACAGGUAGCUGUGUCCUCAACACCUUCACUAUCUCAUACAUAGAAUCAGAGAAUAUCCUGAGAUUGAAAGGACCCACAAGGAUCAUCGAGUCCAGCUCCUGGCCCUGCACAGGACAACCCCAAGAAUCACACCAUGUGUCACUAUGUGCAUCAUCAAUCCCUGCAUUGCAAGGACUUUUGAAUUCCAGAUAAGAUUCUUCCAGGGCUGCGAGUGCUAGUGUCCACUUCAGCUGGUCCAAGUGGGAGGGUAAUGCAUGCACAGGUUCUUGGGAGGACCUGGAUCCAUAGAAAGUCAGUGCUGCAUCUGCAGCUCCUGAAAGAGCUCUGGAAAAGGCCAGAAGAAAUCUGGCAAAUCUGCUGUAAACAGAGUGAGCUAUUUCAGCUUUACAAAGGUAUAAAGGAGAGUGGAAUUGGGCUCACUGCCUCUACAUUAUUUCCCCAGUCCAUAAUUUUGGGGAAAAUACAAGUUUCGAAUUAAUCAUUGACCUUUAGCUUCAAAGAAAAACAGAACUUCGGCAUGAAAUUGCCAAAAAAUGAGAGUAACAAUUUACAAUUGCUUAAUUUCCCUCCUAGAAACCCAGGUGCAGCCAGGCCUCUGCAGCGCUUUGCUCUGUGCAGAAGUGGGCUCUCCUCCAGGGAGCCUCAAUCCAAGGCAGACAAAGAAAACAUGGGGAAAAACAAGCACCUGGCAGAGAAGUGCCAAGCCACAGGCAACGGGACAUGGGAGAUGUCCCCUCUGUGCCCUGCUCAUUGCACUGUGACACCUUUCAAAUAACAAACCUCUUGCACCUGAUGAGAUGCACAGACCUGGUGUCGUUCCCCUCGGUGCAGAGCAGAGGGUCACACCCUGCUGCCCAUCAGCCACAUCUGUGCUCUCAAAAGCUGCCCAAACACCCCACAUGGACCCAGCCCUGGGAGCUGAGUCUGGGUUACAGGCUCCUGCAGUC